AUAUAUAUAUAAGUAUAAUAUAUACUUAUAUAUAUACAAAUUGUCAAUGUCUAUUAGUUUAAGUAUGAGUGUUACUGAUUUUAAUUAGGGGUGUGAUUGUACAUUUUGUGAUUUUUAAAAAUGGAUUUGUCAAUUAAUAAAGGUUUGUUAACAUAUAUCAUCUUAUUAUUGUCUCCAAUCGUUUCGGCAAGAUGUCGAAUAUACGGAAUAUGUAACACUGACGAACGAGGAUUAAGCCAAAAUUGUAUAGUUUACGACGAUGAUAUCGAUUCAGGAAUCGAACCAAGACCUUUUAAUGCUUCAGAUGAAAAUUAUGAAAAAGCUAUAGAGAUAAUUAAAAAUAGAUGUCCCUUCUUCGUGGACGACGAUGACACGGUUAUGGAUCUGUGCUGUGAUCCGAGCCAGGUUAUAAAAAUGGAAGAAGGUUUUGUCAAUAUGGUACCAUUUCAGAGGUGUUCUACGUGCACAAUUAAUCUUCAACAUGUCUAUUGUCAAUUUACAUGUUCACCAAACCAAUUGGAGUUUGUUAAAAGCUUCGAACCUGGAUGGAACCCUACAUAUGGGCUAUAUGCUAAAUCGUUGGAUGUUUAUGCUAGCGAAGAAAUGAUGAACGCCACUUAUAAUUCUUGUAAAGAUGUAUCAAUGCCAUCUACCGGAGAAUCUGUUAUGGCCAGUACUUGUGGUAGUUGGGGAGCUUUCUGGUGUAAUCCGCUAAGAUGGUUUUCUUUUAUGAAUGAUCCAAGCAACAUGGCGGCUCCAUAUAAGAUAAACUAUAUACCUGUCGGCAAAGAUGUGAGUGGUGCUUUAAACUCUGCCAGUCUGCCUUGUAAUCAAUCUUGGCCCAAUAAAACGGCAUGCAGCUGUAUGGAUUGUCCUUCGAGGUGUUCUGCGAACCGAUAUAGUGACAAUGAUAUAGAUAGAACAGUUUUAAAAAUUUUCAAUGUAUAUUCGUUGGUAGUGGCUUGUAUUAUAUUCACACUUGGAUUUGGUGGUACUUUUCUAAUAGUAGUGUAUAGAAAAAAGAUUCUAUCCGGUACACAAUUUUCCUAUAUGAAAAAAUGCGUUGAAAGCGUGAAAAGAACUAGUGGAGCUGUUGAGAAAUGUUUCCAAGAAUUCUUUUAUCUUUUGGGCUAUAUUGUUGCUAAAAAACGCGUGAAAAUUUUGUUAAUGUGUAUUGUAUUGGUAACAACACUAUGUGCUGGAAGUUAUUUUUUAAAAGUAACGGUGGAUCCUGUGGAGCUUUGGGCAUCUCCAACAAGUGAAAGUAGGAAAGAGAAAGAUUAUUUUGACAAUUAUUUCGGACCGUUCUAUAGAACAAAUCAAGUCUUUUUCAAAACAGUUGGAAUAAAACCCUUUACAUUUCGAUCUAAACAAGGAAAUGAAGUUACUAUGGGACCCGCUUUUAAUGACACUUUCUUAAAUCCAAUUUUCGAACUUCAACAAAGAUUACUGAACAUAACGUUCCAAUCAAUAGAUGAACACGGUAAAACAGUAAUAAAAGGAUUAGAAAGUAUUUGCUACGCCCCGAUGAGAACCAUUUAUACCGGUCCACCAAAAACGUCUGAAUGUACUGUUAUAUCUUUACUAGGGUUAUUCCAAAAUAAUGUGGAAUCGUUUAGGGAAAAUCUAACUAAAUCGUACGAUACUGUAGUGGAAUGUUUACAGGCACCGUAUAGUAUGAAUUGUCUAGCUCCAUACGGUGGUCCCGUAAUCCCCGGACUAGCAUUAGGUGCGGCUACUAAAAACAAUCAAUAUUUGGAUGCAAUAGGAGUUUCUUUGACGAUUUUAACAUCUAAUAAAGUUAAUAAAUCUGAGCUUUCUGAUACGUUGAAAUGGGAAGAGAAAUUUAUUGAUUUAUUGAAGAAAUGGGACGAAGAAGAACGACCUAGCUACAUAGACAUUGCGUACAGUGCGGAGAGAUCAAUAGAAGAUGAAAUUGGAGAACUAUCCAAAUCAACUGCGUCUACUGUUUUGAUAAGUUAUUUGGUUAUGUUCAUAUACGUAGCUUUCACUUUAGGAAAAUUCACAAGUUUCAAAUAUUUCUUGCUGGACGCAAAGUUUUCUUUAGCCUUUGGUGGAAUCUUAAUAGUUUUCAGUUCAGUCGGUUCAACUAUAGGAUUAUGCGGAUAUUUUGGUGUUGUAACCACUAUGUUAACAAUCGAAGUUGUACCUUUUUUAGUUCUCGCUGUAGGCGUGGAUAAUAUUUACAUUAUUGUACAAACCCACCAGAGAAAAGAGAAGGAUCCUAAUUUGAGUAUACCAGAGAGUAUAGCUGAAACAAUGGCAUUUGUUGGACCAAGCAUUUUAUUGACCAGCAUUUCAGAAAUAUUUUGCUUCGCCAUUGGUACACUUUCGAGUAUGCCGGCAGUACAUACGUUUGCUAUGUAUGCAACUUUGGCAGUGGCCAUAGAUUUCAUCCUACAAGUUACAGCUUUUGUCGCCUUAUUAUCUCUCGACGAACAACGAUAUGAGAGUAAUCGAUUGGAUCUAAUAUUUCACAAGAAAAUUAGCGUACCAGAAAAACGAGAAUCUGCGGAUUAUAUUUUCCAUUUUUGGAAAAAUAUCGUGACUACUAAUUUAUUGAAAUACCCAGUGAGAAUUGCGAUUCUGCUGCUCUUUACAACCACGACAAUACUUUCUGUUAUAGCUGCUCCUUACAUAGAAAUCGGUCUCGAACAAGAGCUUUCCAUGCCUGAAGGCAGCCACGUUUUAAAAUAUAUGCAAAAUUUAAAAGAAUUGUUGGGCAUUGGACCACCAGUUUAUUGGAUCAUUAAAGGCGAAGUUGAUUAUUUUGAUCCAGAAGUUUUCUAUAAAAUGUGCGGUGGUUCAAACUGUUCAGAAAGCUCUAUAAGUACUCAAAUAUUCAUGGCUUCUUUACAACCAAACAUAACUAUCAUUUCUACGCCAGCAAAUUCAUGGUUAGAUGAUUUCAAAGAUUGGAGUACAUCCGAUUCUUGUUGUAAAUAUUUUAAAAAUACUAGUUAUUUUUGCCCUCAUACGUACAGCAGCGAUGAUUGUGAAUCGUGUAGUUUAAGCAAGAUGAAGGCUGAAACUAAUAUUACUGAGUACGAGUAUUACCAACGGUUUUUACCCCAUUUCCUAAACGAUAAUCCUGACUCUAGUUGUGCCAAGGGAGGACACGCGGCUUAUUCUAAUAGUGUGACAUAUGUAACAAAUAAAGAAGGAUUGUCGAGAGUUAUAGCUUCAAAUUUGAUGAGUUACCACACUGUACUGAAAUCUUCAGAAGAUUAUACCAAUGCUUUAAAGCAUGCCAGACAGAUAGCCAAAAAUUUGACCACAACAUUGGAUUUACCCGGAGUUAAAGUAGUUCCUUAUAGCGUUUUCUACGUUUUUUUCGAACAAUAUCUGACUGUUUGGGCAGACGCUUUGACAUCUCUUAGCUGGUCGUUAGCGGCUGUAUGGGCUAUAACUUUCAUUUUAUCCGGAUUAAGUUUCUUGCAAUCAAUCGUUAUCACGGUCACUGCGACGAUGAUUAUCAUUCAUAUGUUAGGAUUGAUGUACUUAUGGAAUAUUUCAUUAAACGCUAUUUCUUUGGUCAAUCUAGUCAUGAGUGUUGGAAUAGCAGUAGAAUUCUGCGGUCAUAUUGUUCAUGCUUUUGAAACGUCAUCAAAAACUAAUGCUAUGGAAAGGGCCACAGAUGCAUUAGCAAAUACAGGAAUCAAAGUUCUCAAUGGAAUCACCCUUACAAAAUUCUGCGGUAUAAUAGUACUUGCAUUUGCCAGCUCUCUAAUCUUCAGGAUAUUCUAUUUCCGAAUGUAUUUGGGAAUCGUGAUUUUGGGCGCACUGCAUGGAUUAGUGUUUCUUCCAGUUGCUCUUAGUUUCAUAGGUGUAUUAAAAUAUUCAGAUACAAAGACAUCAACGGUACCAUAGCUACAAAAUAAAGAGGAAUAUUUCCAAAAACUCACACAAGGAAUAUAAAAAGGCAUCGAAAAAUAGUAUAUUACGGAAAAAUAACUACCUAAAAUCAAAUGUUUUUCCAAAUUUUGUUGACGAAUUAUGAUUAAAUUCUGUAUUUUUAACUAUAAAGAAAAUAAUGCGAAACUUAUUGCGUAAGUAGCGCAUAAUGUGAAAAUCUCAAUACAGUACCUAUGUAAUUUGGUAAACAGUAUUCUUUAUAUUACGGGAUAUGUUAGUUUGUAAUAUUUUAUAUAAAUUACUUAAUUUAUUUUUUUGUAUAAAUAGAGUGUAUCAAUAAA